AUAUUCCCAAGAGUUUAAGGCUGCUUGCCCAAGCUCAGACUGCGGUCCCCAUACACGGCAGUUUCUCAUGAGUCUGCCCGUCGUUCUCACAAGCCCAAUAUUUUUUUUAAACACUGUUUUGAAUCCUCCAUUUCUCUCAAUGAAUUAAGCCAGUUCUCAAGAAGUCCCCAAGCUCCAGGGAGAAGAAGGAAAUGGAGUCGUCAGAUGAAGCCAUCCUCACCGAGCUCAACCUUAGUAGACCUCGGUGUGUAGUGGGGAGAAGUUGCUACGGGGGUGCACCUCAAUCCCACCAGCCCACUAGCACGCCUAAGCUAAUCCCACACCCCACCUCCGACGCCAGCGCCAGCAUUACGCCUUCCCAGUGCCGCCUGCUCUCACCUCGCCUUGCAAGCAGCACCAGCACCCAGCACCAACCGCAGCCGGCAACUUCCGCCCGUCGACAACCUUCCACCACCGACCGUCCGCCCGCGUUUACCUCCAUUCGCCUGCAAGCAAGCUAGCUCCUCCCCAACAUCACCAAUCCGCAACAUUCAACACCACAAACUCCACCACAACACCA